GAAGAGCUAUGGAUGCCAACACCAAAUUGGUCAUCGGCACGCUUUGUAGCAGCUUCCUCCUCUUCCAGGUUCUUUUCCAUUUUGUAAGUUACUGGUUUUCAGCCAAAGUUUCUACAGGUUAUAAUAGUCUUAGCAUCGACAAGAAGAUCGAAUGGAACUCAAGGGUAGUAUCUACGUGCCACUCUUUGCGGGUUGGGAUUUUUGGCUUAUACCUCUUCUUAUUUGAUGAGCCUACUAUAGCUGAUCCACUCUGGGGUGAUCCAAUGCUUGUGAAAUUGAAUACUGCAACUGCUUCAGGCUACCUCAUUUCUGAUUUAUUGAUUAUCCUUUUGAAUUGGAAAGUGAUGGGCGACAAGAUUUUUGUAAUUCACCAUUGUACGGCGCUAGCUGCAUACUACUUUGUACUGAAAGAUGGAAUGCUAGCGUACAUUGCCAACUUCUGCCUGAUUGCCGAGCUUUCCAACCCCUUCGUGAACCAGAGGUGGUUCUUUGAGGCCCUAAAGUACCCCAAGUUUUCCAAAGCCAACGUCCUCAAUGGAGUUCUCAUGACAAUGGUCUUUUUUGUAGUGCGGAUCCUCGCGAUACCUCCUUUGUAUUUCUUCAUGUACUCCGUGUACGGAACAGAAGCCUACAUGAGGCUCGGAUUUGUGGUCCAGUGUACCUGGAUCACUACCUGUCUUAUUUUGGAUGUGAUGAAUGUCAUGUGGAUGAUCAAAAUUACAAAAGGAUGCAUCAAGGUCAUCUCUCUCAUCAGACAAGAAGAAGCCAAGAGUAGCCUUCAGAACGGAAAACUUGAUUAAAGGCGUGCUUCAUCAAAAAAAAAAAAA